AUGGACAAAUACAUUGAGCCCAUCGUGGAAUGGGUCGUGGCCGCGGUCAAGGCCCAACCUUAUGUCUGGUGUGCAGCUGCUCUCACCUUUCUCAUCGGCGUCCAAUUAGCCCUGGCAGCCAGCAUUGCCCAUGGCGAUGAAGCGACGGUUCGCAGACAGCUUACUUCUCUUCAACGUGUCGACAUUACUGGAGAUACCAAAACUGAAGGAAAGCGCCAAUUGAUGGCCGUCACUCCAGUUGCUGGAUGCGCCCCGGUCAAAAUUGACGCAGAUGCUCAUCCGGAUGGCCACAUGGCGUAUAACAAUAUCUACAUGCUCGGGCUGGAAUCUACAGACACAGAUGGUCAAGGCUACACAAUCUGGAAAUCCCUUACUCAACAAGACAAGUCCGACCUCUCAAAGAUGAAAACCGAAAUCUGGAUCCCCAAACCCAACGCCAACGAAACUGAUCCACUGGUCAAAUCUGGCGGCUGCAUCAUCAUGUCCUUCCCAGAUCCCAGCAUCCCAAGCUGGUUGAAUAUGAUUGGGGGCUACACUGCGACACCACAAGUUGCGGCUAUCUUACCUUUGAAGCUUUCGGAGGAGGAAAUUCAGGAGCAUAAGAUCAAGAUGAGGCCUUUUCGAAUUGAUGGAGAGGAUGGGAAAGGAUUGGAUUUGGAGAAGUUGCCGGCUGUUGAUGAUGUUAUGUCUAGACUGAGGCUGUUUUUGGGUGUCAAGGACGUGAAGGGUAGAAAGGGAAUUCCGCAGGGUCUCACGGUCGUCAAGCGCGGUUAG